AUGUCUCCGUCUUUACCAGUUCCAAAUAUCGCAUCGGCUCAUCCGAUUUUUUCAUGGGAAUUGGGACUUGUAUCUGGUAUUCCGGUAAAUGGUAAACGGUUUACGUAUUCUCCAUUUUCAUCUCCGUUUGGAAUUUUUGAUGGCCCGAUAGCACUGUGCGGAACACUGACGGAAAUAAACAUUGAUAAUGGCGUUGUGAACUCGCUUCGUGUGAGUGAUCCUACCGGGAUUUGUCUAAUUCAUAUUGAUAAUCAUGAUGUUGGAAUGCAAAUGUCCGUUGCCAAUCUAGAACCUCCGUGUUUUAUCUAUAUUUUAGGAAAACUGAGAAUAUCGCAAUUGAAACAGGAAAUGCCGGUGAUUUUUGCUGAAAGUGUCGUAUCGAUAUCAAAAGAAACACGAAACAGUUGGAUUUGUGCAACUGUGGCAUCGGCUCUAUCACGCAUCAAUAUUUCGGAUAAUCAGACGCUUAAGGAUGAAUUCCGGAAUAAAAUUGCUGAUGCACUCGAUACGGUAUCUCCAAACAUUCCCAUGCCAUCUAUGGCUUCCGCUUCUCUUAAGGAUGAAGAGAUACUGACUAUGAUAGUUUCUCUUUAUGAGGGAAAAUCUGCACCGAAACAGCAAGUUCUUGAUGCAUUAAUUGCUAAAGGAUUAACUCCCAAUGAAGCAAAAGAUCGAAUAUCACUUCUUAUGGAAAAUGGAGAUAUUUACGCACCAAAAUUCAAUUAUCUAAAAAGUCAGACGAAUCAGCGUCUGAAUCGAUUACUUUCACUCAUUGAUAAGAGUUUGCCCGAUUACUUGGUUGUUCUUGGCGAUUUGAAACAUAUGAUUCCCUAUGUUACUCAUCAGGAAAAAGUUGAGAUGCCAAAGGUACUGAAGGAAAUUCGCGAUAGAACAGAGUUUCGAUUGGCUCCUGGAAAUCAUGACACUGGACUUGCCGAAUAUCUUGAGGAGGAUGAAUUACUUCCUAUGUCCGGUGCCAUUCUCGAUGAUACGGGUUAUUUUCAUGGACAUAUGAUUCCAGAUGAAUCAUUAUUUGGUCAUUUAAUCAUCUGUGGUCAUCAUCAUCCGAUAGUAAAUAUCUAUGAUGAAGUUGGCUGUUCUCUUCGUGGAACUCCCGGAUAUCUAUUAUCAGAAAUAAGUAUUCAAAAAUGGACCAGUACUGUCUACAAUACACCAACACGAGUUCUUCUUAUGCCGGCAUUUUAUGAAUUUGCCGGAGGUAUGGAUGUUCGUAUUAUCCCUGGAAAUACGAUGUCUCCUAUUGCCGGGGCAAUUUUACCGGAAACCGCGGAAAUCUUUCUUAAAGAUGGAACAUAUAUGGGUCGAUUCACCGAGUUGAGACCAGAUCCAAAUGGAGACAAUAUAUGA